AUGCCGAAGAAGGCAAAGGGAAGUACUGGGAAAAAACGUUCAAGGAAGGAACCAGAACAAGAAGUCUUCCAUGUUGAGGUCAUAAAGGAGGCGCGCGUUUUUCGAGAUGAGGAUGACGGACAUGCGAGAUGGCAAUACCUUGUAAAGUGGGCCAAUUAUGAUUCUGAUUCAAACACAUGGGAACCGGAGAGAAAUCUUUCGGGUUGCGGACGAUUAUUGCAAAGCUUUUGGAACCAUAUUGGCAUCGAUGAGCAAGAUUAUGAAGUCGGAUAUGUGGCCAAAGCUACACCAUCUUGGAUCAAGCAAGAAAAGGAAUUUUUCGCCAAUGAAUACCGCGUUGCGUUAGAAGAAAAGGAAAAGCAGAGGAGCGAAAAAGCGAAACGAGUGGUAGAGAAACAGAAGUCGCACAAAAGGAUAAAACGAAGCGCAUCACAGGAUGUUACGAGUGUGCCGUCUGAGGGUCACUCUUCGAGACAUGACGCAAGUUCGUCUGAAGAUGAAACACCCCUACAAGAAACUCUCAAGAUAAAGAUACCUCCUCACGGGAAGCGAAAAGUUGUCGCCUCUGACGAUUCAUCCGACGAUGAACCAUUGGCAAAGAACUCAGGACCAGCUUCAGCCCCAAAGCCGGACACGCCUAGCCACGAUCUCACGGGAGAGAAAACUCAAGGCUCUCCAACCUCGCUUUUCUCUGGAAAUUCUUCCCCAGAAGUACACAUCGAGAAAAUGCCCCCCAAGCCGAAGGCUACAGCCCACUCCAAACCUCCCUUGCCACCGCCACCGCCUCUCCCGUCUUCUAUCAAGAUACCCCGUCGACCCAAUAAUCCCCACGCAAAAAUUGCGGACAUGCCUGUGUCAGCAAUUCCUUCGGGGAGUGGAAUUUCGACGAAACAACGCCUGGCUCAGGGCGCCCUUGCUCCCACUAUACCCAAAGAAGUACCAAGUGCUCCUUUGAAACCACCACUGCCCAAGUCUGCUCCAAAGCCACUUCCGACAAGGACCAACACAUCUUCAUUUUCCGGUCUGUCCUUCAAAAAGAAGCCCAUUGCAGUAACGAUUCCAGAGACUACAAACCACCCACCAAGUCUUACCCCUAUCUCUGCAUUCAAAUCACCUAGCAUCCCUUUGGCAAAUUCUCCUCCGUUGCACUCGCCAGAACCAGUUUCCUCCUUUUUCAACGCUGGACCUGCUGGCUCUCCUGGACUUCUAUUUAAUCAGCCUACCAUGUUUAAGAGACCGCUUGUGCAAGAUAACACUGUGUCUCCUGCUCUUAUUUCUCAGCCUCUCAAGGAAGCAGAAAGCUUUUUGUCAACUAUCAUGCCUGCCAGCUUGGCUGCACCACUGUUGCCCUCAACGGAAGAGCAACCUGAGCCACCUCCUCCAAAACCAUUGCAUAACAAGGCCCCACUACCUGGAAGAAUCCCGAAAUUGUGGAAAUGGAGCGGUCCACUUCACAUUCCUUCUUCAGAUUCUUCCCUUUGCAAUGUCAUAAUUGUUCCAUCCUCCCAUUCCCAAUCAACUCGACUUUCAGUUGCAUUUCAAGGCAUCGAGAGCCUCCGUGUUUCCUACUUCCAUGAUUCUGCAGAUCUUUUGUCCAUUUUAUCAGUUUUCCGGCCACCCACUGAGUUCGGUUCACUCGAAGCUGUCUUUCGGGAUGCGGGUGCCGACCACUUCAAGAUAUUCGUAUCUUAUAUGGCAAAAUUCCAGAAGAUUUUCAUGCUUCCUCUCAUCUUGGACAACAGUAUCAUUGGCCAAAUGGUUUUCUUUCACUCUUCCUGCGAAAAUGUCAUGGCGCAAUUCAAACCACUGACAUUGCGUCCAGAAGAGCUCAUUGUGGCUGUUUGCCCUUGGGCACUCUCUGCAGACCAAUUGAGGCUCGAAUCUGGUGCUCAACGCCAGGAAGUCAAAUCUUUAAAGCCGACAUUGCCGAGAAAAUCAUGGAACUCUUCCUUACGCAAUAAGCCGAAGUACCAUCGAGCGCUUCGUAUGUUAGGCUUUCCGCAAACUCUGCAUGACACUUACGCGGCGCGAUCCCAUCCUUAUUUAUACUAUAUCUGGGAUGACCCCAGAAACGGCUCCAAGAUCGAAUCCGACUGCUUGAGGUCUAUCUUGUCGCAGGUACGGAUGAAAGAGGUCCCUCCAGCCAAAGAAGCCCGGGUGGUCUUCAUACACGUAGGUGCCCUCAAGACGUUACACAACCUCAAGGGUCUCAACAUGAGACGCGAGGCGCCACAUAUUCAAUUCUACACUUUUGGAUCCCAUGAAAGUAUACAUCCUAGUGCAUGGGCUGUUAAGGAAGUCUACCCUAUAGGAGGAAUUAUAACUUUCACUCCCCUGGCUCUUGACCUUGACCCGUUGGGGGUCCUUCACAGAAUUGAGCAAAUCAGCAAACACCCCCUGUGGGCUUGCUACAUUUUAUCUCCCGUUAUUGGACUCCUUGCUAAACGAGAGUGCGCGCAUGAAGACCCACUCAUACGGCUCCAAAAAGGGACUUUGAGGCUGAAAUACAUUCUGGAAGCGAUCAAGAAAGGCUCCGUUGCACUUCUUGAAGCUCCUCCAGAAGCUACAUUCGCAAGCUCAGAGACUAGCAGCCGUGGAGGGUGGCUGAAGAAAUAUUUGCACUUCCGGCCUCCCACUGAAUUUGAAGCCCUGCACACAGGAUGCGACGCAUUUUUGAAAAAACCCAAAUUGAUGUCGCCAAAUUGGCAGUCGGAAAUUGAAAACGAAAUCAUACAAGACAUCUCAGCCAUGCAACGACAACCAGUUUUCAUGAAGCAAUAUCGCCGCUACGUCGUUAUCACCAGCGAGGGUGAUACCCCACGCCCUAUUGGGAAGGAAUACGGUUUAGAAUGGGUGACAGCAAAGAAUUUCGACUUCAAAGAUGACUUUUAUCCCAAACAAACGAUCGGCCAGCCAAAAGCCUAA